AUGACUGCUGAUAAGCCCGCGCCCAGUCCUACGGGUGUUGGUGCUGGAUCCCGAACCCACAAAUCCUGCGAUGCUUGCAAGUCACGCAAGGUCCGCUGUCCUAGUAACGGCCCGCCCGGACCUUGCGCGAAUUGUAUCCGUCGAAAAGAAGAGUGUCGCUUCAGUGUAAAGAGGCUAGCCCACAGGCGCAACGUUGCCGGACAGCUUCUGCCAACAAAUUAUUCGCCAUCGAGCAAUCGACCACCCAGUCUCCCAGACGCCAAAGCCGUGCUAGACUUGUCGACAUCAGAUGGAGAGACCAAGCCACUCGUCCUCCCUGAUCGCACGUCGCCAAAGUCUCCUCCCCACCGCAUCCAAGAACUCCACGUCGAUCGCGUCCUAGCACGAGCACAGAGGCCAAAGACCUCUACUGGAAGAGGCCAGGAGGAAACCAUGUUUGUACCACGCAAUGGCAUAUUUGGUAUUGAAGCGCCACAUGCCCUCAGUGGCCUGCACGUACUAACAGAUCAAGGGGGCCGGAACAGCCUCACGUUCUUCUCCGACAACAGGCUACUCUCCCUGUCGACGCGCCUCCAGAAUCAGAAGGUGAACGAGCUCGUUGGUCGAAUUUCUGUCAUUGUCAAUGGACGUCUUCGUCGCACCGACUCGGCAGCGACGAAUCCCCGGAAAACGCAACCUCCCGAUAUGGGGACCGACAGAGCGCGUGCCGCCUUGUACAUCCGCCUCUACUUUGAGCGAGUGCAUCCCAUGUUCCCGUUCCUUGACCGGACGACUUUCGAGACUACAGUGUCAAGUCCCAACUUCCCCAAUCUCCUCGAACGCAGCAAGCCAUGGUGUUGUCUCUACCACAGCGUCCUUGCUCUAGGGUCCCAGUAUGCUGAUGGGGGGACAUUCGAGCCUGGUAAGGGCGAGUCGUGGCGGCUGUUCUCUAUCAGCUUGAGCGGCUUCUCGGAGCUCCUGCUGCUUCCUGAUUCUCUCACCACCUUGCAGGCAUUGACGGCCAUGUCUGUCUAUGGCUUAGGGAUCUCGGGCUUGGCUGUUGAGCCUGUCAUCAUGUCAGAGGCGGCAAGACGGGCUCAGAUGAUGUCCAGUCAUAGCUUUACUGGUCCAACGGCUCACGCUUACCAGAAGUCUUUCUGGAUUCUAUAUGCGGUUGAGAAAAUCACCAGCUUCCACUUUGGGAGAAGUUCCGGAUUCGUCGAUAGCGACAUAUCCUGUCCCAUCCCCGUCGUCCCCGAAGCAACGUCGGGAGACUUUAGCUGGUUCCUGCACCUAGUGCGUUUCGCUCGCCUCCUUUCUCGAGCAUAUACAUCACUCUUCUCGGUCGGCGUGUCGGGCAACUCCGACUCGUACUAUCUCGACGUGAUUGACCAAUUAAACGGUGAACUCGAAGAAUGGAGAGCAUCUCUGCCAGACAAUGGCUUCCGCCCGGGUGGAAUUCUACGCCCUCAAACCGUAUCCGGUCCUAAUGCGAGAUCACUCGCUCUCAUUCUUCAUUAUCUUUACUACAGCAUGUUACUGACUCUUGCGAGAACUACGCUGUGCUAUUUGCCUGUCCCUGAGACGCCGGCGGUGAAAGCGACAAAGGACGACAAGAUGAAGACCAUUUUGAAUGCAUCGAGGGCAAUUUUGGAGUUGACUACGAUGAUUGAAGUUGAGCCAUACACGGUCACAUGGGUCCUUGCGGGAAUCCCUAUUACCGCACUUUUUGUCUUAUUUGACCUUGUGAUUCAUGAUCCUCGGCAGCCAGAUACAGGCACCAAUCUGGCUCUGCUCGACAUGGUUGCUGGUCACUUCAGUCGGAUAGAGUAUGCCAGCGGCGGCACCGUGCCCGGUUCCUUGAUAGCCGAGUUCGCCAAGAUUGCGCGAGACUACGUGAACGAGAUUCAGCAUGCCGAGGCUGGUUUGAUGAAUCCCGCGAGACCACAUGCACCCACAAAUCCUUCCACGAUGCAAAUGGUACAGCAAUCGUCAGAGCUUGAUGCCAGAAACAAUAAACAAGUGGAUAGGCCAACUCAGAUGACUUUGGAUCUAUCUGAUACUCUGCCGAGGGAGGCCAUGAUGUCUGGUCCGAUGCAGCAACCAGGAUACACCGACUUUGCGUUCGACAGCGGGAUGGGCCAGGUAUCUCCUAGUGCGCUCAUGGGAACCGACGUGAUGGGAAUCUUUAAUUAUUUCCUGCCCGAUCUGGACCCGAUGUUUUACCAGGGUAUGACGCAGGAGUACGAUCUGCUACCACAGCAGCAUGGAGGGACCGUUCAGAGCAUGGACAAGUGA